AUGGAGGACAAGCGCUGGGAAUGCUGCACCUCGGGAGCACAGAUCCAUGUGAAGCUGGAGGAGCUGGAGACCCCUGAGUGCCCCGUGAGCGAUGACGCCAUCCUGCGCCUUGCCACCGCGGAGGGGCUGGCCAUGGGUCCAAACCUCCUCUCCCUGCUCACCACUGGGGAACCUAACCUCAGCCUUACAUUGAGUUCCCUGCUUCAGGUGUACAAUGAGCAGAUCUAUGACCUGCUGGAGUCCAAGGGACCUCUAGCUACUCGGGAGGAUCCUGAGCGAAGAGCUGUGGUUCAGGGCCUCUCCUUCCACCAGCCUGCAUCAGCAGAGCGGCUCAUGGAGAUGUUGGCCAAUGGCAACAGAAACCGGACGCAGCAUCCCACUGAUGCCAGUGCUGUCUCCUCCCGCUUGCAUGCCAUCUUUCAGAUCCACUUGAAGCAGCAGGACUGCACUGGCAGCCUCAGUCGGGGUCUGAAGGUGGCCAAGAUGAGCCUGAUGGACCUGGCAGGCUCAGAGCGAGCGUCGGUUGCCAACAGCAGGGGAGAGCGGCUGCGGGAGGGGGCCAACAUCAACCGCUCGCUGCUGGCCCUCAUCAACGUCAUCAACGCCUUGGCUGAUGCAAAGGGCAAGAAAAGCCACAUCCCGUACCGGGACAGCAAGCUGACGCGCCUGCUGAAGGACUGCCUGGGUGGCAACUGCCGCAGCGUCAUGGUGGCGGCGGUGAGCCCCUCUGUGCUGGCCUAUGAGGACACCUACAACACGCUCAAGUAUGCCAGCAGAGCCAAGGAGAUCAAGCUGUCGCUGAAGAGCAGCACGUGCAGCUCUGACUCCCACCUCUGUGGAUAUGUGGAAAUGUGUGAGCAGCUGAAAGGGCAGGUGGCAGAGCUGCAGGCAAAGCUUCGUGCUUAUGAGGAUGGUGCCCGAGUGGCACAGAACCAGGCAGCAGGGCCACAGGCUCCGUCCAGCGUGAGCCCAGUGGAGCUGCCUAGGUUGGAGGAAGCUGUGCCAAAGCCAUGCUUGUCCCUUGAUGAUGAGGGGGAGGAUGAUGGAGAGCAGCAGGAGCUGCAGGCUGGUUUUCCUGUUCAGAUGCAGUUGGAAUCGGAGGGCAAGGCUCCAGAGGAAAUGCCUACCAGCAGCCCUGGAGCAUCCCAUCGGGCAGAUCUGCGGCUGGGACUGAAGCAGCCGAGGCUUGGAGGAAACAGCCCUCUGCAGGGGCUGUCCGGCCACCACACAGAGCAGUGAGUGUCCUCCUGCCCUCCCUGUGUCC